UCCAACCCGGGCCGGGUCUGCCCCUCGGCUUCGCCAGCCAGAGCGGCGGCGGCUCAGGCGCGCCGCGGGCAGCCGCAGGGGCCUCUCCUGCGCCGGCGCUGGGGUCCUCCUCCAUUCUCCCUCGGCGCUGGGAACAUGGCGGCGGUCGCGGGGAGGGCCCUGCUGCGAGGAACGGUGCGGGGGCUGGUGCUCCCGCGACUCGCAGGGGGCACCCCGGGCCCGGAGCGCGACUUCAGCCUCUCUCACAGUCGGGUGAGGGCCAGCUCUGAGCUCUGGGGGUCCUCGCCUCAGGGCACGGUCAUCGUGGAGCGCUGGUGGAAGGUGCCGCUGGCCGGAGAGGGCCGGAAGCCGCGCCUACACCGGCGACACCGGGUCUACAGGCUGGUAGAGGACACGAAACACGGGCCCAAAGGCAGCCUGGAGCUCAUCCUCACGCAGUCGGUGGAAGGACUUGGAGUCCGGGGUGACCUGGUCUCAGUGAAGAAAUCUUUGGGCCGGAAUCGACUACUGCCUCAAGGUCUGGCUGUAUAUGCAUCCCCUGAAAACAAGAAACUGUUUGAGGAGGAGAAAUUGCUGAGACAAGAAGGAAAAUUAGAGAAGAUCCAGACCAAGGCAGGUGAGAUGACAGUGAAAUUUCUGAGAAGCUGUCACCUGGAAGUGGGGAUGAAGAACAACGUCAAAUGGGAACUAAACCCUGAAAUAGUCGCCCGCCAUUUCUUCAAAAAUCUUGGUGUUGUGGUCACCCCGCAUGCAUUAAAGUUACCAGAAGAGCCCAUUACGCGGUGGGGCGAGUACUGGUGUGAGGUGACGGUGAAUGGACUUGACACUGUGAGGGUACCUAUGUCUGUGGUGAACUUUGAGAGGCCCAAGACCAAAAGAUACAAGUACUGGUUAGCCCGGCAAGCUGCCCAGGGGGUGGCCCCCACCAGCUCCCAGACGAUCUGAACCUUCUCUCCCUCAGAAGCAGAAGAGCAGAAUCAGAGGAGCAGUGAUCGACAGUGGGCCUGCACGCUGACACCACUCCCAGCUCUGACCAAAUAAUGGAGUUUUAGAGAGCACGUGGGGACAUGGGCCUAACCUGCAUGGCCACAUUGACUCGUCCGUAUCUCCCACCUCUGUCUUUGGCUGUUAGCACAUCGGCCUUACCUGGGCCGUCCUGCUCAAGGAGUACCAGGCUGUAGAUUUGAUAAGCUGAAUAGUAACAGAUGAAAACAGUCUAGAUCCUGUGAGCCUGGAAUUUGCUGGAACAAAUGGAAGAGCUACCCACGCUCUCCAGUACUGGUCCCAUUUUCAUACAUACUGAACAUUUGCAUCACGAGAGGAAAUAAAGAGGUUGUGCUCUUUUUA